CACACACACACACACACACACACACACACACACACACACACACACACACACACACACACACACAGAGAGAGAGUCACUCACACAUCUUAAGAACAGCGGGAGAUGCAUUACGUCAUAGCCUCUCAUUGCCCUAGAUGACCGCGCGCGCAGGACGGGGAGGAUGCGGGGCUGCCGGACUAGAACGGUAACAGAUUCCGCUGCUGCUGCUGCUGACCGCGAGCCCCCGGCGGGUGUGUGUCGGCCGGUAGAGAAAGAAGAGGAGCCGCCGUCGCGCGGCCGCCGGCUCUGAUGGCUCCUCGCGCCCAGGGCGGGAAAGAGUCACAGCAGUCGCCGCGGAGCGAGAGGGUAGGGGACAGCAGGUAUCUGGGAAGUGACGUGGUGUCCGCGCCCCACAAGAAAGCAAAACGGUGCGUUUGUCGUGCAUCUCGCAGGAGGGCAGGAGCGGGAAGGCGAACAUGGCCGCACAGUCCGACGGCGGCAAAGCCGGGGUCGGGUGCGGCGGCGGCGGGGGUUUCGCCCAGCUCUAUGAUGUUGACGCCGAGGAGCCUCUGGACUCCGCGGCGAUCCACAUCUGUCAGUGCUGCCGCUCUUCCGCUUGCUACUGGGGCUGCCGCUCAGCUUGCCUCGGCUCUCUGCUCGGCGGGAGUCCGCCUGCCGGAGGGGUCGGCAUCCGGGAGACUCACUGCCCGCCCCGGGAGCAGCUGUGGCUGGACUGCCUCUGGAUCAUCCUUGCCCUCCUUGUCUUCUUCUGGGACGUCGGCACGGACCUGUGCCUGGCGAUGGACUACUACCAGAGGCAGGACUACCUCUGGUUCGGCCUCACUCUUUUCUUCGUACUGGUGCCCUCGGUACUGGUCCAGAUUCUGAGUUUCCGAUGGUUCGUGCAGGACUACACCGGCGGGGGGCUCGGGGAGGUCGAGGGGCUGACCAAGCGGGGCACGGUGGUUCUGGGGUGCCUGUAUCCUGGAAGGGACCGCCUGCAGCUGGCCACUAUCUGGCUGUGGCAGGCCACCAUACACAUCCUCCAGCUGGGACAAGUGUGGAGGUACAUCAGGACGCUGUACCUAGGCGUCAUGUCGCGUCGGCAGAAGGAGCACCAGCGGCGCUGGUACUGGGCCAUGAUGUUCGAGUACGCUGACGUCAACAUGUUGCGUUUGCUGGAAACGUUUCUGGAGUCGGCGCCUCAGUUGGUCCUGCAGCUCUGCAUCAUGAUCCAGGAGAACCGAGCUGAGACGCUACAGUGCAUUUCCUCCUUAGCCUCCCUCCUGUCUCUCGCCUGGGUUCUGGCCUCCUACCACAAACUGCUCCGAGACUCUCGUGACGACCAGCGCAGCAUGAGUUACCGCGGGGCGCUGCUGCACCUCUUCUGGCGCCUCUUCACCAUCUUCUCCCGCGUCCUCUCGCUCGCCCUCUUUGCCUCCCUCUUCCACAUCUACUUCGGCAUCUUCGUGGUGCUCCACUGGUGCGCCAUGGCCUUCUGGGUGGUGCACGGAGGCACUGAUUUCUGCAUGUCCAAGUGGGAGGAGGUGCUCUUCAACAUGGUGGUCGGCAUUGUCUACAUCUUCUGCUGGUUCAACGUGAAAGAGGGUCGGACGCGAUACAGGAUGGUGGCGUACUACACCGUGGUGCUGGCCGAGAACAGCAUCCUGACCGGGCUGUGGUAUGCCUACAGAGAUCCAGUGCUGACCGACUCCUAUGCCGUCCUGGCACUGUGCAGCGUCUACCUGACAUUCGCAGGGGGCGUCCUGGUCAUGCUGCUGUACUACGGUUUCCUCCAUCCUGCCACUGCCCACCUCCAGCCAAGUCCCGCCUCAUCCUGCUGUGCCCAGCUGCUCUGGGGUCUCCCUCUCCCCCCGUCAGCCCCACCCACAGCCCCUCCCACACCAGCCCACAUGGCCAAGUCACAGACGGAAGAGGAUGUGGCCGAGACGUGUCUUCCCGUCUUCCAGGUGAGGUCUGCGCCCCCCACUUCCAAGCCCGAGGGCCCGCUUAUAAAGAUCGACAUGCCCAGGAAGCGUUACCCAGCAUGGGAUGCCCACUAUGUAGACAGGCGCCUGCGGAGGACUAUAAACAUCCUGCAGUACAUAACGCCAGCCGCUGUGGGCAUCCGCUAUCGUGAUGGACCCCUCCUGUAUGAACUGUUGCAGUAUGAGUCCUCACUCUGACAAACACACAAAUCAGCACACACACACACAUAUACAGACAAGUACACAAAAGCACAUGUGCACCAUAAAAAAACAUGUAUGUAUAUGUGGAUGUUCAGAUUUAGAGAAGAUUUAGAAACACGUUCAUGCACAGAAAGUCACACUUGAUAUAAGCACAUACACACACAGAAGCAAUCUGUCACACUUAUAUGUGUGCGCACACACGCGAUCACACUUACAUUCCUUGCGGGCACCUGCGACCUGUGAGUCCCAUGGCCAUGACUCAACAAGCUGCUUCGGCGCGAGUCCGUCUCCUCCUCUCUUAAACCUUUUGUCACUCUAUUUAACUUUAAUCGUCCCUCACUUGGUCUCAUUUCCUUAAUUUCACAUGUGCGCGCUCCGCUGCAAAGAAAAAAAAAAGUAAAAAUAUGAAAAAUAAGCGUAGUUUUACGAUGGAGUCCUUGACCACCGCAAGCCAUUUAUGUUGCACGCGUUCACAGGUUUAAGAAGAAUAAAAGGAUGUGACACAAUGACGGUCACUUUUAAUAAAAUGAGUUGUAACAUGUCGCUAUUAGUCUGGUCAAAAGAUAGUGUAUAUAUUUUCUAUGUACAGAGAGGAUGUUUUUUAAUCUGUUGUUAUGUUGUUGUUGGACACAUCAGUUUCUCGACAUCACUGACAAGGUUAACGGGGAGAGUGGCCGAGCAUGAUGGAAAAGAUGGAGACAAAGUGGCAGUAAUGGCAUCCAAGGCACACUCAAACAACUAUUUUUACAUUUGCAGCCUCAAUUUUAAAGAAUCUAAAAUUUUAGCUAAAGUCUCUCAGAAGGACAGUUUUAGUUUAGUAGAUUUACUUGUCUUGUCAAAGGCAACAAGUAAAAUAUUAGCACUAGAGAGUUGACUAGCUUAGCUUAGCUUAAAAAAACUGAAAACAGGUAAAAACAGCUAGCCUGGAUUUCUUCUCCUAAAGUAUCUAGUAGCUAGCAUCUUGUCUUAUUUAAAUUAUACAAAAAGAUAAAUGUAAAAAAUAGUUUUUUGUGGGUUCAGAAAGUAGCCAAACCAUCUACCAUUAAGAAUAAUUGCACAUUUACUUGCUCCUAAGACAGUAAAAGAGUAACUCUUCGAAUUUUGGAGUUCAUGUGCUUGUGAUUCAAAAUAUGGAAACAAAUUCAUACUAUAAAAAUUAUAAUUCUUAUUGAUCAGGGCUUUUAAAAGAAAUGUGUUAGUUCAUACCUGACCUAUCAGGGUAAUCAGGGGAGUAAGUUUUUCAGCUAAUCUGGGUUACUUUGUGUAGCGCAAUAGUAGAUGCUAUGUUAUAAAUUCAUACUUAUCUAAAUAAAGAAAAGCAUGUAUAUGAAUUUGUAGCAAAUGUUAUUUCUAUCAACAAAAUAGUUACUUUUCUAUGCUCGUUUCUGCCUACACGAUGUCAACAACUCAGCAAGUCCUGCCACAAAAUCUGACUCGAGAUCUUGAAAGCUAAAGGUUUCUACCUGUUUUUGGUUGUUAUGCUAACCUAGGCAGUCUGCUUGCAGGAACUCAUAUUUAAUGGAGAGAUAAAGAACUAGUACAACUUUCCUCAUGUAACUCAAAGGCCAAUUGAGCAUAGAACAAAGCAAGCCCAACUAUAUCCUUAAGAUAGACUUGAAAAAAGUAUGUUGAGGGCAGUUAGCAACAUGUUAGCUGUAAUGUGGAAAAAUGAAAAACAGUUGCUUCUUAAAGCAUAUUACAAAAGCACUAAAAUAAUUUCUUCCUGAACAUUUGGAAAAGUAAAAAUGUAAAAAGUAAAGUCCUAGAUGAUGUUGGUCAUAACCAUAUUGCUCAUCUGGGAGGGAAAUAAAGUGUGAAAUUUGAAUGCCAUCUUAGGGGAAGUUCUCCAUCAUUUCCUUUUAUGCUCCAAGCAGUUGUGGGAGGUCUUUUUAUAUCAUAAAAAUAAAGGUAGAUUCAAGAGUAAUUGUUUUUAAUUGAGGUCUACUACAUUUUUUUUGUGUGAUAGCUUAAUCAUGUUGGUCCCACACUAACAGGGUGCUGCCACUGAAAAUGACAUAAAACAGUUUUGGACUUCAGUCAUCACAACCCUCCCAGUGACUUGUCUUCUCCUGUUUCGUGUCCAAUAUCAACUCCUCCAAAGCCACCCACAGCUGAGCUGUGGUGUAUGGCUCAUUAUUUAUUUCUUUUGGUUUGUUUACCCCUGUAAUCCAAGCUGUUACAUUGGCAGGCGAAAACACAUGAGCUGAGAUAUUAGUCAUCAGCAUGUCAACGGGAACGGUGCAACUCCUGAAAUCUCACGCUGUGGGGGGGGGGGGGGGGGGGUGUUUCCUCUGAUCCCGUUCCAUGAGCCCACUUUCUCCUGCUUUCUACAACCGCCUUUGCUAUGAGGGCUGGGUAUAGAGAGAGUUAAAACUGGGGCACGUCAACAAAUUUUGUAAUUUUGGUAAAAGUCAAAGUCUUUCUGAGAGCGACUUGCAAAUAUACGUAAUUUAUUAAUUUAUUAGUCCUCAAAUUAUAAUUCUGUGAUUGAUUUCAACCAGUGACCCAGAAGUAUGAGAAUCUUUUGAAUUAUUGGUAAAACCUGCAAUUUUAAGGUAUCACAUUAAAAUUUGGUUGUAGAAAAGCUUGUCGGAUAUGACCAGUGCUCCCUUUCCAUGGCCACUGACUCUGAAGAUAAGAUAAGAUAAGAUAAGAUAACCUUUAUUAGUCCCACACGUGGGAAAUUUGAUACCAAGAUACCAAGGCAUUCCCAAAAACAGCCAAGAGACAAUAUCUUUAGUUUGUCCUGGGUCUACCCAAGGUCUCUCCUCAGUAGUCUCACCUAAGAAACUUCCAGGAUGCAUAUUAGUCAGAUGCCUGAAACACCUCACUUGGUGUCUUUAUAUGCUGAGAAGAAACAUCUCUACUCUGAGUCCUUACCUUAUCUCUAAGGAUGAGUCCAGACAGUCUUUUGAGUCUUCUUUCUGGUAGUUGUAUCCACCGUUUUAUUCCUUCAGUCACUAUUCACAGUUUGUGGCCAAAUAGUUCCGGAUCACUACAAACAUUGUACCAAUCUCUGGUCAGCCUCCCAAUCCAUUUUCCCCCAUUCAUGAGCAAGACCCCAAGACACUUUAACUCCUCUAUUUGAGAAAACAGCCUGUCCCCAUAGCAAAGUGGGCAAUCCACCUUCUUCUGGCUCAGAACCAUCGCUUCAGACUUACAGGUGUUAACUAUCAACCCCGCUGCUUAUUAGCUGUGAACCACUUAGUGUCUGGAAAGCAAAAAAGUCAGCAUCGUACUCAAACAACCAAGACGCAAUGUCAAGACCCAAUAUCCUCUGUCCUUGGCUGUUCCUACAAAUUUUGUGCAUGAAAGUUCAGAGAAAAAUGACAAAGUUGGAGCAACAAAAAACCAAAACUUAGCGAUAAUGAUAGUCCUGAUCCUUACCUUGGGAAACAUUGCCAGCUUUAACCCUAAGGCUUGUUUAAGGGUUAGGGUCACAUCUACCAUUUAGCGCUUUCACCUGUUUGGUGAAAUGCAACCCUAACGGCAACCCUACCACCAAAGUGGUUCACCGAUGAACUAGCGGAUGUUAAGAACACCAUUAAUGACUGAUAAAGUUAAUCAGUAGAUAAAACUGUAAUAAUUACCCCAGUGUGGAAUUUUUUUUAAUUUAAAUAAGGAGACUAAAAGCAGAAAUACAGCGUCCCUUUAAGUGUGAACGAUAGGUGGGCUCACAUUAUUUUUCUGUGGUGCUAGCCGACUAACAAAACAGACAAAUCAGUCCAUUUGCUGCGAUCCGGCGAGUAGAAACAUUAGUUGCGAACGCGUAACAGAAGCAGCAGCAUCAGUGUUCAUAUGGUGCGACACUCUCGAGCUUCAGAGUCAACUGGCUGCUAAUCCCACUUCAUAUGGUGCAAAUACAAAACACACAUGUACUUAUGGUGCAAUAAGGGCAGAUUGUCUCUUUGAAUUCUAUGGUGCAACUUGAGUACUGCCUUCAGUUAUCAGCCAAGGCUGUGCCAAAGGCUCCGUCCAAACGGACAACUGCUCUUCCUGUCCUGCAGAAGCUAUGCAAGUCUCCAACAUGGGGGAGAUGUGCUUAGUGUACACACAGACACACACAAACACACACGGUUUUCCUCUGAAGCAGGGAGAGACACACAAUGAAAAGCAGUGUAAUAACAUGGGAUGUAUCCCUACCUCACCGCUUGAACACACACAAACACACUCACACACCAAUGUCCAGUAUUCCCUUACCCCUUUAUAAUUUGGGAACAAUAUUCAUAUGGUGCUAUUGAGUAAAGCUAGAUGGGUUUUUGUAUAGUUGUGGUUACAGUGAAGAAUUAGCCAAAUAUGUGUAUCAAACAUUCAAAUCGAUGAAACAGUCUAAUUCCUUCAUGUUGACGGCGUAUGUAAAAACAGCAACACUUUCCGUCUCUGUGAAACACAUCAAAGCAACAAUGCCUUAUCUGCUCGACUGAAGUGGAGGUGGUUUCUUUUUUUCUUUCUUUUUUUCUGUGUGUGUGUGGUUUUUUUUAAGAUAUGAGUCAUAGGAGGGUGGUGCUACUUUUCUGGUACACUCUGAUCUGGACAUGCACUGUACAUGAAGAAUAGCGUCAACACGCAGAAAUCAAAGGAAAACAGCGUCAUGUGCCAUUUAGAGAGCACAGUCAGGCAUCUCCUGCUCGUUUCACAGAAAAACAAAUAAUCUCGCAGGAGCGAUCUGGAUUUGAGAGUAAAUAUAAAUGGCCAAGAGUCACAGCUUAUAUGUUUCUGAACAAAGAGCAGCUGCCCCGCUUGUUUUUUUCCCACAGCAUUAACCGCUGAUUUAAUUUUUUUGAUCCAAUCCACAGCUCUUUGCACCCAGAGCUCCAGCCAAUGAGAAAUCAGGUUUAUUAUAGCCAAAUCAGGUUAGAAGCAACCAAAUAAUACAAUUCUCUCUCUUUAUAUGGAACUACUCAUAAGGAGCGUUCAGACUCAGCAAUAGCCUCAUGAUCAAAGUCCAGGUAUCAUACAUCAGUCUCGGUUGUGUCACCCAGCAGUCAAAAAUCAUCCACACUGGGCCUAUGACUGAGCCUGCGCGCUCUGAGUGAUAAGUUUCUUCCCUCAUCGAGAAAACCAGAGCCUUAUUCAUGCCCACACUGUAAGAGAAUUUAAAUCCAGUAGGUGUUAUGUCACUGUUGUAUGGCUUCACAUCCACAGCUAUGCAAGGUUACAAGCAAGAAGGUUCUGGCCUUAGAUAACCUUUACAGAAAUACCACAUCACUGUUCUCACGCGUUGCUUGUUUUUAUAUAUAUGUUUUAGGCUUUUUUUUCUCUUAGGAGGAAGGAAUAAACCAUAAAGUCUUGAUGUGCAGAAUUGCAAAUAUGUGAUGUACCAUUUGUUUACAGAUUUUAAGCUUUUUGCAUUUUUCUUAAAUAAUUUGGUGAUUAUUUUUAUGGACUUUACAUUGUUCUCUAUCAGGAUUGACUUCUGAUGGUUUAAAAUUGGUCGGGAGGGGAAAACUGUACCUUGGGAAUAACUGGGAUGAAUGCCACCUCCCGACUGAGGAAUGUGUAUCUGUGAAAAUGAAAUGAAAACCAAGGAGUUGUUUUUCCUUUGGAUAAAAUACAUAAAUGUUCCACUAUCAGGGUCUACAAAGCAUAUGAGGCCUGUGGUAAGGCUGUGUGUGUGUGUGUGUGUGUGUGUGUGUGUGUGUGUGUGUGUGUGUGUGUGUGUGUGUGUCUGAGCACAAGCUACCAUACCGUGUCAUGAAUGCUUCAUAUAUUCUUUUGCGUGCUUGGUCUAGAGCUGUGAAAGUAUGGUUUUAUUGAGGCCAGAUGUUAAGUUGUUUCUGAUCUCAGACCAGUUUUUACCAGAUCUGAGUCCGAUGACAAUUCAAAUCCUUUCCUUGAGGAACCGAAGAGGUUUGGUAGUUUUGGCACAGAAAAUGAACAAAAAGGAUUUCAGUGGUGUGACUCAGGUUUGGAUACUAUAAGCACAGGGCAGGGUCAAACUAAACCUUAACUUGGAAGUACCUGUUAGACGUACCAUGAGCUUUUAUUUUGUUAGGGUCAUGCUUUUCUACCAUGUUCUUCAGCUUGGGGGGAGAAAAAAAGUAGCUCUAGCGACUUCGAUGUGCAAAAGUAACUUUUAUUUUCUUGUGGGUGGCAUUUUGAUUGUAAAUACCUUUUACUGGUAAUCCUUCUCAGUUGGAUCUAUGUUCCAUGGGUUUGCUUAGAUGGCUCUUUGAAAUGUACCGAUAGUAAAUGUUCUUUCUAAAUAUCCAGAAUGUAAAACGAGAGAAGAAAAAUUCAGCCUGACUGGAAGCUGUGUUUUCAUAGGAAUCUGUGCCAUUGUGUUGUCUUGAGUAUAAGCACACUGAUAUUAGCUCUGUGGGUGGGAUGACGUUUUUGGAGGUGAUUUGCCAGACAACUGUGCUCCUUUUUUUUACUUUAAAAUAAAAUAAUUAUUAAGCAAUAAUUUAUUUCAAAAGAAACCUUCACAAGAAAUGUUUAUCAUAAUAUAUAACAAAAUAAUUUGUUAUACAUUAUGAUUUUAGUCACAGAAAAUUCAGAGAGAAGACUUUCAUGUUUAUGGGGGGAAAUUAACAAGACAAAAUAAUGGUAAAUGUAAAAAUAGAAAAAGUUAACAUUCUGACAACUAAUUUUUUUUUUUUUAAACCUUAAUCUUGAUUUCUGAGUUCAAUCUUGCACAUUUAUCACUUCAUCAAUUCAGGUUAUCUUUGCUUACAUAUUACUACAAAAAUGUCAAAUUAAAAAAUCCAUUGGGUAAUUAUUUUUGCUUCAGUUUAAAGUUUAACGUACAAGGAAAUGGCUAAUUAGCUAGCUAGCUAGUUCUGGCCAAAAAGCUAACGCUAACGAAAAAGUUUUUUGCACAAUUGGUUUUGUUUGGAAUAAAUAACAUAAAAGAUAUAAAAUAAUAAAUCGGAAGUAUUCAUUUAUUAUAAAAGAAGACUUCUCCCACAUCUAAUCUCUGUACAAACCUUAUCUAGAGAGUUUGUGACUUCUAGUCACAUUUAUCAUUUAUCUUUUAGUCGUAUAUUUAGCAUACAUAUCAUUAGACAUGAAAGCAGCAUCUUUUUAUAAUUGUCCAUAUUUUCCAAGUCAGUCAUUAGUUUUUACCUUCAUUAAAAAAAUGUUCAAUUUCUCAAUUCACCCCAAUUCCAAAUAUCAGCUCGCUAGUUUGGUUCUGACUAAAAAAUACAGUGUCUCGUACAAAAACAAAAAAAGCUAACUAGCCAUUUCCCUUUUCCUGCAGUCCAGGUGAUUGUGAUAAAAAUGUAUAUAUUGGAUAAGGAGGACAUUUUAAACUCCACAUAUAAUCAACUAGCUGAGUGCAGUGCAAUCACAAAAAAGCCAAAACAUGGGCGUGUAUUACAUUUCAUAUGCGAGUCGGGCUGUCUGGCUAACAUCUCCUAACUUCACUACAGAAAUUCAAAUCGCUCCCACGUCAGCUCAUGAGAGAUACCAUUCAGGGGGUUUCCCUAAUUCACAACAAAUACAAAUGGGAGGGGAACGAGAAGACCCAUCGUGUACCUUCAGUUUGUGUAUUGCGUGUCUACGAUAGUACCUAAGCAUUACGGUUAAGAGUUGAAUGAUAUUUUCGGUGAUUCUAGGCAGCCACCAUUAGGAAAUGUGUUAUUUUUGUUACAAUACCUCCUGAAAAUAAAGUCUAUUUAUCUGUGAAGAGACAAAGAUUUACAAUAAUACAGAUGACUACAUAGAAAUUAUGACAGAUUUUAAAUGAUGUGAAAGAAAUAUAAAUGAAAACAUGUACAGUUCGUUUGGUUUUGAACACAGAACAAAUGUAUAUGCGUCAGUAUUGAGUUUGAUUUUAUAUGUUUAUCAUUUUAUUACAUUGUAAUGUGACUGCAAUGGAGAGAAAAAAAUAUAAAGGAAUAUAAAUUAAUUUUUCCCAAAGGUGUC